GGCAGUCAUAGCAGCGGUACUCCUUAUUUCCUGCAUUAUAAAUACUCAUGCAAAAGUGAGUAUAGAACAGAAGAACCCGCUAGCCACCCACCAGACGCAUUUAGCGACAAUGCAGAGCAUUCACAAACAGCCCGCACAUCAUCAUGGCCACCACCACAAGGUACAAAUAGUGACCGAACAACAACAACAAAGACUGCAGCAAAUGCCACAACUACAACGUCGACAGCGUCGUCUUGGCACAUUCACCAAGUCUGAUACUACCUCGGCUGUUGAAUCGAUAUAUAACAGAACUAGAAGCAGCCUGAUCGCUUCACCAGCAUUGCUGCAAAAGGCGACGCGACUCCGCCGUUUGAGCGCGCGGGAUUAUUACAACAACAACAACAACAACGCAGUGCAGCGUCGUCUCCACAACCAUCGAGGCAAUUCGGAGUGGAAAUACCAUGUCUACAAUGUGCAUAGCAACACAUAUGAAUCGCCGACAGGUAUGUCUGGUCCCGGCGCCGUAACGAUAGCUGGCGGCAGUGGCAAGGGGGACGACAACACCAACGACGUGGAGUUUAUCAGUNGCCUUGGGUUUAUGCCGCCACACACAACCACUGCGCCGUCGACACAUGCCCCUCCACCCUUAGUGCCGCCUCGACGCGGCUAUGUCACAGCUGCGUCGCCUAGUCAAAGCGCUGCUGAUCUGCCACACACCACAGAUGCAACGAAAGUAAGGAAUGGCGUCGAUGUGAAGGAAAUGGAAAA